AUGGACGUCCAGACCGUGAACUUUACACCUUUUACGGACCAGAAGCCCGGCACGUCUGGCCUGCGCAAAAAGGUCACUGUUUUCCAAAAGCCGAACUACAGCGAGUCGUUCGUGACGAGCAUUUUGCUCUCCAUCCCGGAGGGCGCCGAGGGCUCCUUCCUCGUCAUUGGGGGUGAUGGGCGGUACUGGAAUCCCGAAGUUAUCCAACUGAUCGCCAAGAUCGGUGCCGCGUAUGGCGUAAAGAAGCUCUUGAUCGGCCAGAACGGUAUUCUUUCCACUCCAGCAGCCAGCCACCUCAUCCGCAAGCGCAAAGCUACCGGUGGGAUCCUUCUCACUGCCAGCCACAACCCGGGUGGACCCAAAAAUGACUUCGGCAUCAAGUACAACCUAGCGAAUGGCGGCCCCGCUCCCGAGUCGGUGACCAACAAAAUAUUCGAGACCUCGAAGACCUUGCAGUCGUACAAAAUCGCCAGCAUACCCGAUGUCGACAUGAUUACGAUCGGCACGAGGAACUAUGGUGCUCUAGAAGUUGAGGUGGUGGACAGUACCGCAGACUACACCCAGAUGCUUAAGGAUAUCUUUGACUUCGACCUGAUCAAGAAAUUCUUCGCAACCUACAGCGACUUCAAGGUCCUCUUUGACGGUCUCUCGGGUGUCACCGGGCCGUAUGGAAAGGCAAUCUUCGAGCAGGAGCUUGGUCUGGGCCCCGAAUCUAUUCAAAAUUGCGUGCCGUCGCCUGACUUCAACGGCGGCCAUCCAGACCCCAACUUGACUUAUGCACAUGAGUUGGUCGAAGUUGUGGAGAAAAAGCAGAUUCCUUUUGGUGCGGCUUCGGAUGGCGACGGUGACCGGAACAUGAUUUACGGCGCUGGCGCGUUUGUUUCCCCCGGCGACAGUCUGGCAAUCAUUGCCCACCACGCCAAGCUCAUCCCGUACUUCAAGAAGAAUGGCGUCUACGGCCUGGCCCGCAGCAUGCCCACAUCCGGGGCCGUGGACCUUGUGGCCAAGAAGCAGGGUCUGAACUCCUACGAAGUGCCGACCGGUUGGAAGUUUUUCUGUGCACUGUUCGACGCUGAUAAGCUAUCGAUCUGCGGCGAGGAGUCAUUCGGAACUGGCAGCAACCACAUUCGUGAGAAGGACGGCCUCUGGGCUAUCGUAGCCUGGCUUAACAUCAUUGCCGGCCUGGGGUUGGCAAAACCUGGCGUUGCGCCGAGCAUCAAACAGAUCCAGAAGGACUUCUGGGCCGAGUACGGCCGUACCUUCUUUACCCGUUAUGAUUACGAAGACGUCGACUCGGGUGGUGCCAACAAGGUGGUAGGUGUCCUGAAGGACCUAGUUGCUGACCCGAAUUUUGUCGGUAGCAAGGUCGGCGACCGUACCGUGACUGAGGCCGGUAACUUUUCGUAUACCGACUUGGAUGGAUCUGUGUCGGCGAACCAGGGCCUUUACGCCCGCUUCUCUUCCGGCAGCCGGAUCGUUGUGCGGCUGUCUGGGACCGGUUCGUCGGGUGCCACCAUCCGUCUCUAUAUCGAGCAGCACAGCAGCGACCCCUCUACAUACGAUCUUGACGCCCAGGACUUCCUGGGGCCUGAGAUUAAAAUGGCGACGGAACUCCUCAAGUUUAAGGAGUUCGUAGGCAGGGAUGAGCCUGAUGUUAAGACGUAG